GGGUUAUGCAAACAAAUUCGUGAUUCCCUUCGAUUGAAGUUGUUCUCUCCCUUCAGCAUGGUCAAGAGCUGAUCAAAAGUACCACGUGAAAAUGUUUUUAAACAGCGACUGCAACUGUUUUAGAUGCUAGUACUCACACGGAUUGACUGCCCUUUAAUGGCUUGCCCCUUUAAUGGCAUGAAAUUCCAAAGUACCAUUAGCCCCAAACUCAUUCCUCUCUUUUUCUCUCUUUCUCUGAGAAGAUAAAUUGUUUGUGAGUGCAACAAGAAAGAGGAGAGAAGCCAUGGAUGAAAUUAUGUCUUCCUCUACUUUGACACCAAGUCUUCAACAACGCCUCCAACUCAUCAUUCAAAGCCGAAGCGAAUGGUGGGUCUAUGCUAUCUUCUGGCAAGCAACAAAAGAUAGCAAUGACCAAUUAAUUCUAUCAUGGGCUGAUGGCCAAUUUCGCGGCACCAAACAAUUUGUGUCUAAGCUAGCAAGCAAUGGACACGAUCACCACCAGCAUCACCACCAAUCAAAGUCCGGGUUUGAUUUGGAGAGGAGGGUUCAAGCACUCUUCCGCGACAACUCCGACAUUGACGGUCUUGUUGAGGGCGAUGUCACUGACCCGGAGUGGUUUUACAUGGGCUCUGUGACCAAGUCAUUUGUUGCUGGCGAUGACAUUCUUGGCCGGACUUUUAGUUCUGCUGCUUGUGUGUGGCUAGCCGGUGAGCAUGAGCUUAAGUUUUACGACUGUCACCGAGCAAAAGAAGCCCAUCUCCACAAGAUUCAAACAUUGGUUUGUAUUUCAACUUCAUGUGGUGUUGUUGAACUGGGUUCCUCCGACAUUAUCAAAGAAGAUUGGGAACUAAUACAACUAGUCAAGUCUCUUUUUGGCUCUGACGAUGUCACCAUGGUUUCAAAACAGCCUGGUGGUGGCAGUCACGUGGUGGGUCAGAUUCCGUUCCCCAACCGGAAUCUUUCGCUGCUAGACUUUGGUGUUUCUGGAAUUCAAGAUGACACCUAUGAAGAGAAGCAAAUGGAAACGAAUUUGAACAGAGAAAUGGGUAUAACAGGGCGGUCAUCGUCGGACUCAGGAGGGCCUUCUGAUGAUUUUGAAGGCCCUCUGUUCUCAGACUCGGCAAUAAACGUUCAUUCUAAAAAGAGAGGAAGGAAGCCGAUCACCACCGGACGAGAAACGCCCAUAAACCACGUGGAGGCGGAGAGGCAACGGAGGGAGAAGCUUAACCACCGAUUCUACGCACUUCGAAGCGUAGUCCCCAAUGUAUCAAGGAUGGACAAAGCAUCUCUACUUGCUGAUGCAGUCGCAUACAUCAAAGAGCUUAAAGCGAAGACUGAAGAAUUGGAGGCCAAACUCCGAGUCCACCAACAAUCCCAAGCGGUAGCAGUGGCGGCAGCCGCAGUACCCAGCAGGAUGUGCAUUACGGAUGUGUACGACAACCAAAGCACAUCAAUCAGUGUUGAUCAUCGGUCAAGGUCAUCGUCGUCUAGCUAUGGGAUGGCUCCGGCGCCAGCAGAAGUGAAUGUGAAGAUUCUGGGAUCGGAAGCGGUAAUUCGAGUGCAGUGUCUGGACGUGAAUUACCCGCCGGCGAGAUUGAUGGAUGCAAUCAGAUCCCUAGAGUUUAGUGUUCAUCACGCCAGCGUAUCGAAGGUGAAGGAGCUGGUGCUUCAAGACAUUGUGGUUAGGGUUCCUGAUGGAUUGACUAGUGAAGAGGCCUUGAGAACUGCUAUUCUCAGAAGGUUUCAGGUUUAAGUUUUAAGUCCUCCCCUCCACAUAAAACCUAUUUUUCAUCACUACCACUGCCUCCGCCACAUCUUGUAUUUCUUUCUUGAUAACAAAGUCCAGAAGCUGCUACUGCUCCAUCCUUUUUUUUUUUUGUGUGUGUGUGUCCAGUUUGGCUUUCCUUAAUAGUUCAUGCAUUGCUACCGUUGACGUUAGCUCAAGUAAAUUAAUAAUAGUUUGGCACUAUUUUGUCUUC